UCCCGAAGGAAACCAGGCACGCAAAGUAGCCUAGUUUUAACUUUUAAGAAAGGCUAACAAAAUGCUUUGAAAAAAAAAAAAAAGGAAAGACAAAAAAGGAGAAGAUUUUAAGAAAGUAGGGGGAUCUAGACUCUAGAGAGAGAAAGUAGACAGCAUUUAACCCGCCGUGGAGUUGUUCAACUUAGGUGAAUUCAGAGAGUUAUUUUAUUUGUUUAUAGGUAAGAGUCUCCUUGUUGUUAUGGAACAAUCGUUGUAGCUCAAAACAAGCAAUCCCUUUUGCUUAUAAUCAUAUCUAUAGUGACCUCACAGACCAACCUCACACGCCGUCUUCAAUUGCUCUUUUCAAAGUUUUCAUUUUCAUUCUUCUUCGAAUCCGAGAUAGAGGGGGGGUUUAAUUCAAGAAGAUGAAGGGGGGUUUAAUUAAUUUGGGUGAAUCGGGCAGUGCGGGUUCUUAUUUUUUGAGCCCCUUAGUUAAGGAUGAUGAUGAAAGUUUUGGGGGGAGAACCGGAGUUGAGUUUGAUCAGUUUUGAGUUCUAGAGGGAGAAAGUUGAAAUGGGUUUUGUGAGAUUUUGAUUAUCGAGUUCCUGAAUUGAAGAAAGAGUUUUUUUUUAGUAAGUUUUAUAAUUGGAGAGGAGUGUGUCUUUUGGAGAGGGGGAAAGUUGAAUAUUGGGUUAUUCGUCGUAAAAACGAAGGAGAUUGGAUUAGGUUGUGUGAGAUCUUGAUGAUUAGGUUUCCCAAGUGAAGGAAAGUUUCAGAGGAAGAGUUAUAGAGGGAGUGAAAGACAAUGGUAUGCGGUUUUGAUGAUUGAGUUUACCCAGUACAUAUUAUCAUGGCUGUGGUGAGUCAUGUGCCUGCAAUCACACAACGGAUCGAUUCCUUAAGAGUGCAUGAUAUUAGGGUUUCAGGAAUUAUGGCCAGUAGGCAAGAAAUUGAAGAGGAACCGGUGGCGCGCAUAAUUCAUAAUAUAAUACAUGUUGCGGUGGGGAAAGAUGUGAAAGAGGGCAAAUCAAUCGUGGAAUGGGCAUGCAAGCACUCUGGAGGCAAUAAAGUUUGCAUCAUUCAUGUUCAUCAGCCUGCCCAAAAGAUACCCUUGAUGGGAACAAAAUUUCCAGCAAGCUCACUGGAGGAACAGGAAGUCAAUGCAUACAGGGUACUUGAGAGGAAAAAUAUGCAUAAGAUCCUGGAUGAGUAUCUCCUUAUCUGCCUUCAAAAGGGGGUACGGGCUGAGAAACUACAUAUUGAAAUGGAUUCCAUUGAGAAGGGAAUUGUGGAACUCGUCUCCCAGCAUGGAAUCCGGCAGCUCGUCAUGGGAACAGCUGCACACAAGCACCAUUCAAAGAAAAAGGACCUCAGGUCUAAGAAAGCCAUCUAUGUACGCCAACAAGCACCAGUGUUCUGUCGCAUUCAAUUUGUCUUCAAGGAGCAUGUGAUCGACACCAGGGAAAGUAGUUUACAGGGAACUGAUAUGGAAGCUGUAUCUUCAUUGCCGCAAGCAAGUCCGAACAUUGAAAUUGGCCAGUCAAACCACUUGAGAUCACGAUCUGUUAUAAGUCGGGUAGAACUUACUAAUCCAGCUCAAGAUCUAUUGCGAAGAGUAAAGUCUGCCGCUAUUGAGAAAUUUGGAGGGAGCACAAUAGGUGUUUCUUCCCCAGCUAAUACAGAAGGGCUUUCAACUCCAGAUAGCAGGUCGGAUGCAGAAGGGAGUCCUUAUGGAUUGGAUGGGGUAUCUAGAAGAAGUCUUUCCCAGGGUUCUGGUUACUCAUCGUGUUCUUCUACUGACGUAGCUCUGGUUCCAUGUGUGGGGACUGAGGGAAGUGAGAAUGCGAUUGAGAGUGCACUCCCUCAGUUUAAAGAGGAUCUUCAUCACUCUUCUCCUCCCAGUGUACUGGACGGAGGUAUAGAUGACAUUCUUUUUGACCAACUUGAAAGAGCCACAGCAGAGGCCAGCAAUGCGAGGCAAGAAGCUUUUCAAGAGACUAUCAAUCGUGGGAAAGCUGAAAAAGAUGCCAUCAAUGCCAUACGGAGGGCUAAAGCAUCAGAAAGAUUAUAUCUUGAGGAGUUGAAGCAAAGGAAAGAAAUUGAGGAAGCACUAUCAAAAGAAAGACAAGAACUUGGAAAGACGAAAAACGAGUAUGACAAAGUCUUGGAAGAACUUCGGAUUGCCCAAGAUCAAAAAUCAUCAGUGGAGAGGCAAAUUGCAGAAUCUGAACAGAUGGUAAAGGAGUUGGAGCAGAAGAUUGUCUCUGCUGUCCAACUCUUGCAAACUUAUAAAAAAGAGCGAGAGGAGUUGCAGGCUGAACGUGACAGUGCACUUAAAGAAGCUGAGGAGCUGAGGAACAAACAAGGAGAGGCCUCAAGCACACACAUGCCUCAGUUCUUCUCUGUGUUCUCUUUCUCAGAACUUGAGGAAGCAACUCAAAACUUUGAUCCAUCCUUGAAGAUUGGAGAAGGGGGAUACGGGAGCAUUCAUAAAGGUGUUCUGCGUCACACACAGGUGGCUAUAAAAAUGCUACACCCCCAUAGCUUGCAAGGCCCAUCAGAAUUUCAACAGGAGGUUGAUGUAUUGAGUAAAUUGAGGCAUCCCAAUCUUGUUAUACUUAUUGGAGCCUGCCCAGAUGCUUGGGCUCUUAUCUAUGAGUACCUUUCCAACGGAAGCCUUGAAGAUCGGCUUAGCUGCAAGGACAAUAGUCCCCCAUUACCGUGGCAAAUUCGAAUACGCAUUGCUGCAGAGUUGUGCUCUGCCCUCAUCUUUCUUCACUCCUGUCAACCUAACAACAUAAUACAUGGUGACUUGAAACCCGCCAAUGUUCUCCUUGAUGCUAACUUUGUUUGCAAACUUAGUGACUUUGGAAUUUCUCGUUUAUUAUCUCAUGAUCAAAGUUCAAACGACAACUCAACAGAGUUUUUGAGGACCGAUCCAAAGGGCACUUUUGCAUAUAUGGAUCCUGAGUUCCUUUCCACAGGAGAGCUUACUCCAAAGUCAGAUGUUUAUUCGUUUGGAAUUAUAUUAUUACGGUUGUUGACUGGGAAGUCAGCCUUGGGAAUAACAAAGGAAGUGCAAUAUGCAUUAGAUACUGGAAAUUUGAAAGCCCUCUUGGAUCCUUUGGCUGGGGAUUGGCCAUUUGUGCAGGCUGAACAGUUGGCUCGUUUGGCAUUAAGGUGUUGUGAGAUGAAUCGAAGGAGCCGGCCAGACCUUGUUUUAGAUGUCUGGAGGGUACUUGAACCAAUGAGGGCUUCAUGCAGAGGCUCGUGUUCAUUCCGGCUAGGUCCUGGAGAGCAUUUCCAGCCGCCUCAUUAUUUUAUUUGCCCCAUUUUCCAGGAAGUAAUGCAAGAUCCGCAUGUGGCAGCGGAUGGUUUUACUUAUGAAGCUGAGGCUUUGAGAGGAUGGCUGGACAGUGGCCAUGAUACUUCACCUAUGACAAAUGUGAAGCUUGAACACUGCAAUCUUGUCCCAAACCAUGCUCUUCGUUCUGCUAUACAGGAGUGGCUGCAACAGCAUUGAAAUCUUUGUUGUUUUCUUUCUUUUAGUUCUACAUAUUGUUUAUACUUCCAGAAAGAGAAGCAAAAGUUUUCUGUCUUUUCGCUUCUCUAUUGGAUACAAAAGCUUGCGGCCACAUAAUUUGUCAUCCCCUUGUAUAUUAGCUCCACGUUACACAACAUGUUGAUCCCUUUGUAUAUUUAACACAGUAUCUUAUAUGUUCUUUUAUGUGGUGGCAAUGUAAUUUUCAUCAUGAGAAGAAAAAUAUAUCUUCCAUUUCUGUA